CCGUAAAAUGCGAAUAUUUCUACAUAUAUCCCAUAUCGUUGCUUCCACGUGAAUUUGCCCGACCAGCCGACUUUGAUUGGUAUCUAUUGGUACGUACCUCUGGCUUGGAGCGCCGAUAGAUCGGUCGAGUAUCACGUGAUAAGAACUUUAAGCCGCAGCCAAUCAAAAUGUCUCAAUUGGCGAUGCUCUAUUUUUCUCGGUUGCCAACGUUCCUUGGAGACUGCAUUUCAUCAUCAACCCACGUUCAUCCCCGAAAACAAGGCAUUGCAACUGCCCGCCAACCGUUUCGAGCACAAUGGGUAUCUGGGACACUAUCACCGACCUCGUCGAGGCGGCCAAGCCAUGGACCACCGCCGAAGCCGAAGCUCCAGCUGAGGAACCCCAAGAAGAGGAACAGCCCGAAGAGAAGGAGGAAGAGGAAGAGGAAGAAGAAGAAGAAGAGGAUGAGGACGAGCCCAAGGACCCAAAGGAGCAGUUCGAAGAAGAAUGCAAGAACUCUAAGCAGUGCCUGCCAGCUAAGCACCACUAUGACGAAUGCGUCGAGCGUGUAACAAAUGCCUCGAAUGACGGAGAGACCGAUGAGGACUGUGUUGAAGAAUUCUUCCACCUCGUGCACUGCGCAAGCCAAUGCGCAGCUCCCAAGCUCUGGUCUGUCCUCAAAUAGUCAACGCAAACCAGCCCCGAGAACCCCCCGGCAUCAGGCACGAUAUAUCUAUAGAACACCUAGAAGCAUGUGCUGGUAGGUUUUCGGUCGGGCAAGCCGGCUAUCAUUGUCUGACUCCGGUUAGAUGGUCGAACGGUGGUGGCCUUGUAACACGAUUUGCGGCUCAAAGCGGAUGACAUGCAGCCGGGGUACCUUAAACCUCCUCCCCUAUGUACCAUACACGGCAUUCACAUGAAUAGAUCUCUGUUCCUCAAUUCUUCAAACAGAUCUGGUUUCUCAUUCAUAUUAAGAAGUUUGCUUAUUAGUACAACUCGAAACAUCAAGUGAGAGUAUAUGAAGGUUUAUACUUGCCGACGAGCUCCCUUUCGUGGACAUAGUUAUGUUGUAUGUGCUUGACCCUGUGCCAAUUAGGAAAUACUUGAGCUACCUAUCUACAAGUAUGUACUUGGUGUCUUAUUAGAUACCCAGUUACCUGUUCACCCUUGAAAUUUUAUCGACAUCGUAUGAUGAAGUAUAAGAGAUUAUAUGAACUACCACCAAAAACUCUUAGUUGUAACGACAUAUUAACGACUAUGUUAAAAUGAAGAUGAGAAAUAUAAUUAUAUCUUAAGAACGUUAAGCCAUGGUUUAUAUAGGAAU